CCCGCCCCGCCGUGGUCUGACUCUCUCUCGCGGCUCGCCUCUCCUCUCCUCUCGUUGCUCAGUAUGGUGUUGGUUACGCAGGAGAGUAGGUCGUCGCCGCCGCCCGUCUACCCCCAACCAGUCAUGCGGCAGCUCCCCCACGACGCCCCCGGCCCACAGUUGCCGCCCAGGAUGAACCUCAACAAGGCACCGGCGCCGCCCCCGGGUGACGAGAUUACCAAGGAGAUCAGAAAACUUAACCUCGACGACAAGCCGGCCAACAACACGGACGGCAAGCAGCAACAACAGCAGCCCCCAGCGUCGUUACCUCUGCCACAGGAGUUCAUCGUCAAGUACCUAGGCCAUCGGGACACCGGGGGGCUCUGGGGCAUCAAGCACACGAGAGAGCCCGUGAACGACAUGGUGGCCCGCGCGAAGGCGAUGAAGGCGGGGGAGACGCUGCCCUUCCUUAAGAUGACUGUGAGUGAGAAAGGCGUCAACAUCGCCGAGAUGCCACAGAACGCCAACAAGAAUUUCGAGGGUGGCUUCUACAACAUCGACGUCAUCAGCUACGGCGUGCAGGACCUGGUGUACACGCGGGUCUUCGCCAUGAUCGUGGUUCGGGAGGAGGCGAGUCUGCAGUCCCAGCACCACCCCUUCCAGUGCCACGCCUUCGUCUGCGACUCCCGCAAUAACGCACGCAAGCUCACCUUCGCCCUCGCCCAGGCCUUCCAGCAGUUCUCCAAAGAGGUGAAGGGCAACAAGGCCAACAAGAAACCCAAGAAGUUCGCCAUCGAUCUCCGCUCACCUGAAGAGAUUGAGGUCGAUCUAAAAGAAGCAGACUCCGAGGCCUAGAGAGCGUGGGAACGAGAGGAGAAGACGAAGAGAAGGGAGAUGAGUGAGUGAGUGAAGGGAGAACGAGGGGAUAAAUAAGAAAAAAGUAAAGAAAGAAAAAAAUACAUGAAGGAAAGAAAAAGAAUGACAAGAAAGUGAGAAAUGUGGAAUAGAUUGAAAUUUGUGGACGUGAUAUAUAUUCGAGAACAAGAACAAAAGUGAGAAAAUUAAAUAAGAGAAAAGACAAGGAAAAAAAUGUAUUAAAGAAAGAUAUAAGGAUGUGCAGAGUGAAGAAAUAAAGAGGCAAUCGAGAGAAAUAAAAUAAACUUGAACAAGAGUGAUAAAAAAAUACACAGAAAAACAGACAGAGAAAAUAAAAAGAUAAAGUGUUGUACGUGUGUAAAGAGAAAAAAAGAAAAAAAAAAAGGGAUGGAAGAGAAAAGCAAAAUCCCGACUCAUACUUAGUGAAAAAAAAAAAAGAAGAAACAAAAAACAGGACUCACAGAAAAUAUGAAAAAAAGAAAAAUCCUUGAGUGAAACUGGAAAAAAAAACUGGAAAUACAAAAAAGAAAAAAAGAAAAAUUAAAUGCCAGAUCAGACCAAACCAAUGACAACAACAACAACACGCCUCGACCUUGGAGACAAACAACAACAACAACAACAACAACGACGACAACAACAAAGACGCGGAUGCAAGAAUCAAUAGAAGCCUCUUAAUCAGCUGACUCGAGGAACAAACAAACAAACAAACAAAAGUGAAGGUGAGAUUUUGGUAUAUACAAGAUCAGGAAUAUUCGCAGCCUGCCCCUCACGCCAGCCCCAGCCUCAGUCGAUGCCUCAGCCCUCGCCCCCUUACCCUCCGCGCCUGCACAGAAUAGACUCUCAGCAUCCAUCACCACCGCUCUCUCUCUCUCUCUCUCUCUCUCUCUCUCUCUCUCUCUCUCCAACGGCCUGGAAAAAUAGAUUCCGGACAAGACAGCUUCAUGUAAAUAGUUUCCUGUGUGUGUGUGUGUGUGUGUGUGUGUGUGUGUGUGUGUGUGUGUGUGUGUGUGUGUUUUACGGAACUGCGUGUUGAGCCAUUCCACCUGUGAUUAUACAUAGAUAUAUAAUGAUAGAGGAAAUGUAUAUGUAGAUAAACAUUAAUGAUAAAAAAUAAAUAAUAACAAUAUCUAUAGUAAUAACACUAAUAAACAUUAUACGUAGUUUAGCUAAUAUUCUGCGUUUUAAAGUGUUCCUAUUGCUGGAUGCUUGUGUAUAAAUGCCGAUGCAAUAAUAAUAAUAAUAAUAAUAAUAAUAAUAAUAAUGGAAAAGUGUAUUAACUACUUGUGUUCAGGCUAUAUUGUCCAGAAAUUGCUACAAAAUCAGUCAGUUAAUCAGUGUUGUUUUCUCACUUCAGUUAAACAAUAAACAAAAUAACAAUUAAAUAAGAAAAUACAGAAAAUGACAGUGAAGAACAGUUGCAUACCCUUUGAUAAUUACUUUAAAACAUUGAUCAAAAGUCAGUUAUUAAUCACUAGUAGCUCUGUGCUCCAUCAGUGAACUCAAAUUUUGGUUGUAUUAGACAAACUAGACUACUACUACUACUAUUACUACUACUACUAUUACUACUACUAACAGUGAUUCUGGGGUGAGGGAAGUGAGAGGAAGAAGGGGGGGAGGGGUAGAAAGGGAGUUAUACCGCAUCGUAAUCCGUGUACUUUAAUAUAUUGUGUACUUGAACCAGUGUCGUGUGUGUGUGUGUGUGUGUGUGUCGACCAGCUUCAUCUAUUAUGUAAAGAGAAGCUCACCCUCCUUGGUUCAGCCCAAAGUCAUGCUAAAAAUCCUGCCCCCUCUCUCAUCCAAGGCCCCUCUUUCAGCCUUCUCACCCCUCUUUGUCGUGUCCCUCGCCCCAAGACCAACAUGCAUUAACUAUGAGCUAACUAUGUAUAUACGUGUAAAUAUCGUUAUCCAAUAAACUGAGACUCAUGA